CACGCAAUCGAUACUGCUUUCAGUUCAGCAAUCAACCUUAAUCUUUGUCGCCUUUUUUCUUCUUCUUCUUGUCUCUCCUUUUACCUGUCGAUCAACAAUAACCAACACCGACAACCAGCGAGCACAAAUAUACAAGCACACCCCCACCCACACAUCCACAAGGAAUACAAGCAGACACGCACGAAACUCGAGUGGACCGGCUGGUGACGGGACCGACCCCCCCAAAAAAGAAACGAAGACGAAGCAGGCAGAUCGCAUGUCUAAGCUCGCACCAUCCCGCUCACCCUCUUUUGUGCCAACCCGAGUCGGCCUUGAGCUGAGCGAGGUGGGAAAGCACAUUCCUCCUGCUGCCGCGAAGCAAGUCUAGCCCAUACUUUUCCCUUCCCUGGAAGCCACCGCUGCUGGUGGUGGGAAGACGACGAGAAGAAGGAGGGGAUACAGGACGAAGGACCAGGCUCCUUGUUCGAUCUUGCCUCUUGCUGGCCUCGGGACUCUUGUGUUCUGGGCUCCAGCAGAAGAAGGGCGAGGGCAGGACGUCGUAUGCCUCGUGCCUCCUCGGCCAAGCGACAGCAGGGAGCGGCCAACAAUCGCGAUCAGAGACACGAGAAUGGACUGGUAGGUCCGGGAAAGCGCAUCAUCAACAAGAAAAAGAGCAGGAACGAGAUCCGUCUCGAUGGCCCCCCAAGGCACAACCUCCACUCCAACUCUGCUUCUCAGCCUCAGCCUCACACCGCUGCCCACCAGUCUCUGUCUUCUCUCGACAGCGCCGCUCCCCCGCCGCCUCCUUCCCCCUUGCCUACCGACGACAUCAUGUCCGCCGACAGCCUCAGGCGCCCCUCUCUAGCUGCCUAUUCUGAGACCUCUUCCUCCGAUUCCUUUUCCAUCUCCGCCAUCCCAUCCUCCACCACCACCACCACCUCCUCCUCCGCAGCGGCCGAGGACGCCCACCGCCGUAUCGAUGUCAACGCCGCCAAGAACACCAAUGUCCAUCGUGACACGGGCCCGAUCGACCUGGCCUUCAGCGUCCUCCGGUCCUGCCCCCUGCAUGACACCAUCGCUAUCCUCAUCAUCCUCAUGCAGCUGUCCCCCUUCGCCCUCUCCAGCAUCUACACCCUCUUUACCCUGCUGACCUUUGUCCCGCCGCCCACCACAAACUCUGGCCUGAGCGUCACCGAGAUCUUUGAUGGCUUCGGCGCCCCGAACCUGUGGACCCUUGUUGGGCUUGACCUGUUCUUCCUGAUCGUCUUUGCGUUCAUGCCACUACAGGACCUCAUACUGGAGUUCGCGCAGGUGGUGGUCGCCAUGACCCUGGGGGGCGGGGCGAGCUCGAGAGGAGGGACCACACACAAGAUAUUCUUAUGCGUCGGUGUGAUCUUAUUCAAUCAUUUUGGUCAACACCAGGCCCUCAGCAGGUAUUCGUCCAAUUUCAGGACGCUGCUGGGGACGUCAUGGAGCACGCCCGACAGCGACGACCCCCUGGAGCCUGCAGCACCCAGUUCGUACGGGAGAAAGGUGCCAAGGGGUCUGUUUCGGAGCAUUUUGGCUAUUCACAUACUCGUUCAAGGACUCGUUCGCUACGUGAGGGACUGGUAUCUGCGGCGGGAGAAGCGCGAUCUGCUGUCCCAGAGUCAGUCCGACCCAGAAGCUGCCAAAACACCCAUUCUUGUGGUGGAACAGGCUGCCGCCGAGGGCGGGCUGACACCAGCAGAGAUGGAUCCGAAUAGGCAGGCGGCGAGCUCAGCGGCGUCCACAAAGAAACGGAGGAAACAGAGUCAUCAAGUACGCAUUCGACAGCCUCUCUGGGCAGCUUUGGCGAGCACCAAGAUCGUCAUGGUCAAGGAAUACGAGUUGUCACAAGCGACGCAGGAGUCUGCCGGCUCUAACGCAACCGACAUUCACAACCUGGGCAACGCACCCUUCUACACGCAGUCUGGACAGAUUUGGAUCUGCUAUGUUGGCUGUGACGAGUUUUGCUUCAACACCAGUCACUUCCCCGAUCUGCCUCCCCCCGAAGACAGCGAGGACGAUGUCAGUGGAAAGGGCCCGUCUUAUAUCGACAAGACCAAGCCUUUUUAUGUCAGGGUGAAUCAUGCUAUCUGGCAGCCGACACGCAUCCUCCCGGUGGACAGCGGAGAGGAGGACGGAUCAGCGGGUACGAGGUGGACAGGCGACAUCUACGGGCUGACACCCAUGUCUAACUACGAAUGCGAGUUCGUGAGCACACGUACGGACGAGGUGAUCUUCUCGACUAGUAUUAGGACCAUACCAGCUAAGACCAAGGACGCCGACGUGGCCAAGGUUGCUGGAGCGCCACGCUCGCAGUAUCGACACGAGUCUCCCGCCACUACCCUGAGGACCUCGAUUGCCGGCCUGGAGGCCAAGCUGAGCGACGAGAAGGCCAAGCUCAAGUCUUCCCGGAAGGAGAACAACCGGAAGACGAAUGCGGUCAAGAAGGACAUUGACAGGUUGACCUCGCAGGUACAGUCAGCCGGCGGUUCGGAUGACAGGCUGAGGCAGAAGGUGGCGCAGAACACGACGCAGCAGAAGCAGGCAGAGCAGGCUAUGGAGGAGCUCCAGGGACUGCUCAAGGAGCUGCAGACGAUCCCGGAGGAGGUGCUGGCCGGAUAUCGGGAGAAGCAGGGCCAGUACAACUCGGAGAAGGGCCAGUUCGACCAGGCUCGUACAGCUUUCAAGCGCUUCAAGUCGUCCAUGGAACACGAGACCAAGUCUCUGGACGAUGAGCAGACAAGCCUGGGUGCCAAGCGGAACAAGAUCGCUGCUCGCCUCACCAAGGUCGACGGCGAACAUGCACGGAUCACAGACGCCAAUGCCCGGGGUCUCGACGAGGCCGAGCGCCGUCGACAGGACACGACCAGCUUCGAGGGAGAAGUGGCCCGCAGAGAAAAGGAUUUUGCCCAGCGACUGGCGCUUGCGCUCGCCCGCAACCAGGAGAAGCAGCAGGAGGCGGGCAACCUGUCCGCCAUGCUUGACAGUGUUCUCAAGACCUUCAAGCAGCCCGACUAUCCAGCUUACUACGAGCGUCAGGAUCCUGCGGUCUUCAAUAAUAAUGCUGCUGCUGCUGCUGCAGCGCAGUGGCCGCAGUAUGCGCAGAAUCCUCUCUGGUCCCCAUCGCCUGCAGCCGCUCUUCCCGCAGCGACACUCGCUGGGAAUACGACUGUCAACCCACUGUACGCGCAGCCCCCCUACCAGCAGUAUCAAGGUCCUCCCGGUGGCAUGCCGAUGCGUCACAAGUCUAGAGGGCGCUCUUCAUCGAUGCUGAGCGACGUCUCUGGGUUCACUCAGUCGACAAAUGAGGAUGACGAGGGCGGAAAUAACAGUGGCGCCUCCAAGAACACCAGUACUUGGAACUUGAAUGGGGCCAACAUCACGGGCAACCCCACCGGCGGAAUGCGGAGUCCUCCUGGAUUCCCGCCCUUUUCGUCAGGCGCUGGAGUCUUGCGCAAGGGUUCUGGCUGUGGUUCUGGGUUCGCGUCCGGCUCUGGUUCUGGCGGUAGUAUGCACAGCGGAAGCGGAAGCAGCCAGGGUAGCAACAAGGAUCCCUCGAGUCCGGUGUAAAAACCGGGGCUCGCUGUAGUUUCUCUUUUGAUUCUGUACCUGGGGUCUGUUGGUGGUUGUUUUUGUGCCCGCAUCUCUGCUGCAAGCCUGCUGCCAGAUGUCAGAUCGUCAUCCUCCUCGUUCUCGUCGACAGAGCGGGUAUCAUGCGCGCUGCUUGUCGGCUCAAGGGUUGGGAGAAGGUCUGUGGCAUCUGUUCCAGGUCAUGUCACCACUGGUUUACGUCUGGUCUAUCUGUCUAUCUGUCUGUCAACAGUCUUUCAUGUCUAUCCAUAGGUAGUAGAUUGGAUUAGCUAGCGUGUCAAGGUGUGUAUAUAGCGAGACUUGUGCCGGGUUUUUUCUGUCGAAUGCAAACGAGAAAAGUUCUCUUAUAUCCAUCUUGCACCACGGUUGUCCAAGUUCCUUUUUGCUUCGGAUUUGCUUGACCUGACCACAGCUUGAACCACGCACAGUGACGCCUUUGAAAAAGUGCCUUUGACUGUGCUCAGCUACAACUAACUUUCCAAACCCGUUGAUGACACACUGUCAUCUUUGAUACAAACCCAGUCAUAGAGGCCACCGGUACUGACCUAAAACUCUAGACGAUCUCAAACUUCUCUGGUUCCAGGGAACUGAAUAGACCCUGAAGAUACUCGUCGACCUGUGCUCCCUUUUUGGGCAUGCCAUGUGGGUUCUUGGUGCGGUGCGUGGUGAAGACCCCAAGGCGUGAGUACCGCUUGACAACAGGGGCAGCACUACCACCAUCAGCAGCUGCUGCUGCAGGAGUACAAGGUGGAUCGAGCCCGCGAAGGACGAGCCCCAGCGGGCCGUUCAGCUCGUUGGCGCCGGAUGUCUCGUUGAUAGUGCCGAGGAGCAGAAGAUGGACAGGAAACCACGAGGCGUCGUCCCCGUCCAAGUUCUGGGUUUGUUGCGCGCCAGGCAGCACCACGU